AUAAAUAUCCCCGUGUGUUUCACAUCAAAUCACAUUCAUCACCACGUAAACUCCAUAUCGUCUAAGCUUAUCCUUCAAGUCAGGAACAAUGAAACACAGUUCAGUUCUGCUUUUGCAGCUGCUUCUGGGGACUUGCUCGGUGAACGCCUAUCCAAAUGUGGCAUUGCGUGGAAAAGCAAGUCAGUCGUCCAGAGGACACCCAAUUGGAUCUGCCAGCAAUGCCAUAGAUGGACACCGUGAAUCUAAUUAUCAUGCUGGAUCAUGCACCCAUACUGCUGAAGAGACCAACCCCUGGUGGAGAGUGGACCUGCUGGAGUCCUACAUCGUCACCUCCAUCAUCAUCACCAACAGAGGAGACUGCUGUGCAGAAAGGAUCAAUGGAGCAGAGAUUCACAUCGGCAACUCUUUACAAGACGAUGGUGUCACAAACCCAGUGGUUGCUGUAAUUCCCCAUAUCCCAGCAGGCAGAUCAUUGAAAAUCACUUUAACCAGUCGUGUUGAGGGACGUUACGUGAUUGUGUCUUUGCCUGGUUCAAGAAAGGUCCUUAUGCUCUGCGAAGUGGAAGUCUAUGGCUACCGUGCCCCAACUGGAGACAACCUGGCACUCCAAGGAAAAGCCACGCAGUCCACACUUCAUUCUACAGGCAUUGCAAAUAAUGCCAUCGAUGGGAAUCGGGCCAGCGCCUGGAGUCAGGGUUCGUGUACUCACACAGGCCACAACUUCAACGCCUGGUGGAGGCUGGACUUGGGCAAAACACACAAAGUGUUUUCUGUCAGCGUCACCAACCGCCAAGAAUCCCCCCAAAGACUUAAUGGAGCUGAGAUCCGGAUUGGAGAUUCUCUUGACAACAACGGCAUCAACAAUCCCAGGUGUGCGUUGAUCUCAAGCAUCCCUGGAGGUUUGACCCAAAACUUCCAGUGUGGCGGGAUGGACGGCCGCUAUGUGACCAUAGUCAUCCCUGGAAGAGCUGAGUACCUGAUCCUGUGUGAGGUGGAGGUCUAUGGCUCCAGACUGGAUUAGGUCUGAGGAAGUUCACAAUUCAUAACAAUGAUGUUUAUCUGAUGUUCGUGUACAGGCUCAUGUUCAUGAGCAUCACUUUUUUUUUUUU